GAGAGUUUUGAGCCUUUCAAAAUGACCAAUCGCGCUUAUUUAUCAUGAAGAAAAUUAACAAAUAAAUUGUACUAUUAUGGAUACUUUUGGAUUGGAAAAAUUCACACCAAAAUUUAUUCCUAUUAUAGGUUUUAGUAUUUGGUUUGAGUUCAACAAGUGGAAGUGAAUUGAUGAAAGAAAUUCGUCAAAAAGUCCUUGGCACAUGUUAUUUUUGGAACAGCCAAGAUAAUAAAUUAAACAAAUGCCAGCGGGAAGGCUUUGGCAGUUUGUUCCACAUGACAAUCGAAAUCUGAAAGUGCAAUGAUCUGCACGAAAGACAAAUCCCCUAGUAAUAUUUUAUUAAGACGUAUCAUAUUUGGAUUUGUGAUGAUAAUAAGAUAUAUUCAUAUACUAGAUGAGGCCGACGAUAGCAAUGACGUCAUUCACCGGCAAUAUAUAGCUCACAAUUUAACCUCACUCCACUUUCAAGCAUCACAAUGGCGGAACAACAUAAAGCUACCAAGUCACCACAUGUUCUUCUCUUCCCCUUCCCUUCACAAGGCCACAUAAACCCCCUUAUCCAAUUUGCCAAACGAUUAAUCUCCAAAGGUGUCAAAACAACGCUCAUAACCACCAUCUACAUCUCAAAGACAUCCCCCUCAUCAAACACCUCCAUAACAGUGGAACCCAUUUCCGAUGGAUUUGAUGACGGUGGCUACAUGAGCGCCGGCAGUGAUGAAGCCUACCUGGAGAAGUUCCAACAAGUGGGAUCGAAAUCGCUAGCUGAUCUUAUCAGGAAGCUUGAUAGUGAUGGAAAUCCGGUUGAUGCUAUCGUCUAUGAUUCCUUCGUUACUUGGGCUUUGGAUGUGGCCAUGGAGUUUGGAAUUAAUGGUGGUUGUUUCUUUACUCAAGCUUGUGCUGUAAAUAACAUUUAUUAUCAUGCCUAUAAGGGGAUUGUUGAUGUCCCACCGGCGGCGACUGUUUCCGUCCCUGAAUUGCCGCCGCUUCAACCAUGGGAGACACCGUCUUUUGUACACACUCCUGGACCAUACCCUAGUUGGGCUCAUAUUGUGUUCAAUCAGUUUUCCAAUAUUCAUCAAGCUCGUUGGGUUUUCUCCAAUACAUUCUACAAGCUCGAGGAAGAGGUGAUAGAGUGGAUGAGAAAGAUGUGGCCAUUGAUGGUAGUGGGACCAACGGUUCCAUCAAUGUAUCUUGACAAACGAUUAGAAGACGAUCAAGAUUACGACAUGAGUCUACUAAAACCAAAUCAUAUCGAAUGUAUGGAGUGGCUAAACAACAAACCAAAAGGAUCCGUUGUUUAUGUGUCAUUUGGGAGCUAUGGAGAACUUGGACCCGAACAAAUGGAAGAAGUUGCAUUGGGUUUGAACGAAAGCGGUGUGGAUUUCUUGUGGGUUGUGAGGGAAACCGAAAAGGAAAAGCUCCCAAAAGGUUUUGUGGCAAAUGGGUUGGUUGUGUCAUGGUGUAGGCAACUUGAGGUAUUAGCGCAUGAGGCUGUAGGAUGUUUUGUUACACAUUGUGGGUUUAACUCGACUCUUGAAACAAUCAGUUUAGGAGUACCUGUUGUGGCAAUGCCUCAAUGGACAGAUCAACCAACAAAUGGAAAAUGUUUAGAGGAGAUAUGGGGUGUUGGAGUACGAGUUAAGGCCAACGAAAAGGGGAUAGUGACACGAGGAAAUUUAGUUUCGUGUGUAAAGGAGAUUAUGGAGGGUGAGAGAGGCGAGGUAGCACGAAAGAAUGUGAGCAAAUGGAGGGAGUUGGCUAUACAGGCCGUGAGUGAAGGAGGGAGCUCGGAUAAAGAUAUCCAUGAGUUUGUGUCUCAACUAAAAGCGUAAAUGUUGAUUAGAAUGUAGAUUUGGGCGUUUGAUUGUUUCAUACAUACUAGAGUGAAGGAAUUAUUUAGCGGCUCGUUAGUGGAAUAACGUAUGCAUGUGAUAUUUAUUUAUGUAUGUGUAUUUAUUUAAACAUUCAACAACUCAUAAUUUUAGGCAUAAAAAUUAAACUUAUGAACCCAAAUCAAUCCUUUCUUUUUUUUUUUUUUUUACCCAUUUAAAUGAUGUCAGUGUUAUAUCAUUAAAUAUUAAUAUAUUAAAAUAUU